CAGUAUUUUUUCUCAUUUGGCCAUAUUACAUUGCACAUGUGAACAUUUCGUGGUAAAAUUACAAACUUUGGGGAGAAUUAAAAUAGGUAAAGUUUUUCCGCUAUAACUUCCUUUAGAGACCGGAAGCAACGUUGCUUCCGUGUCCAGACCCGCGAAAAAAGAAAACAAGCCGGAGAGCGUUUUUCAUUUCGUUUUUUGCGAGUGACAAGAGACUGACUGGCCCAACACAGCGGUAAUGUAGCACACCGAACUGUUGUACCACCAAACCCAAGCUAUACUGCAGGUUUUUGUCGGUGGGAGGACAAUUGGAGAACCGAAGAUCAUGCAUCCACUCGGCUGAAGUGUCCGAGCAAAUCACCGUGAGUGCAAUAAAGGUUGCAUUGAAGUGUCUGAUAAGCAUUUGAGGAUGAGCAAGUGGGGGGACCGACUGAAGAAGGUUGAGCAGCUUGCUCAGUCCUUCCAGCUGAAUCCUCUGACGACACGUUACAAACCUCGACUGUGGCCGUGUCAGCCGUCCUCCAUCUGGAAGCUCUUCCCUCGACAGAGUCUGGCUAUCAGCUUCGCUCAGAGCUGCAAAGAGGAUGUGCAUGUUUUUGCACUUGAGAAAGAAAAGACGCCCCUGGGUCAAAGGAUCUACCUGGUCACCAGUUACAGUGAGCUGUGGCAUUAUUACAGGACUUACACUCAGUCCUUGAUGCACUGCUAUGAGGUGAUACCAGAGGGUGCUGUCUGUAAGCUUUACUUUGACCUGGAGUUCCACAAGCCUUCAAACAAAGGAUCUGAUGGGAAAAACAUGGUGUCUUGGUUUAUCCAGUAUGUGUGCGACAAGUUAAUGGAAGUUUAUGGGAUUGAAUGCUCUGCGAAAAAUGUCCUCAAUCUUGACUCCAGCACAGACGAUAAAUUCAGUCGACAUCUUAUCUUCAGUCUCCAAAAUGCAGCUUUUAAAGACAACAUACAUGUCGGAAGGUUCAUCCAUGCAAUUCUUCAGCCUGUCCUGAACAAAGCCAAAAGUGGAAGGUGCAUGGAUAAUGGGAUUAAUCCAGUGGCAGAACACAAUGAAAUCGGAGGAGCACUUGCUGUAACUGAGGGGAAACCAGGAGAAGCAGGACGGAUGACUGGGAGUCCACAGACAAAGAGGCGUAGGCAGGAAGAGAGAGACCUCAGCUUCCUCCAGGUGAAAAACAAGGAUGGCAAAGACGGUCUCUUUGUUGAUCUCGGUGUCUACACCAAGAACAGAAAUUUCCGACUUUACAAAUCAUCAAAAGUGGGGAAGAACGCUGCGUUCACCGUGGCAGAAGACAACAAGUUUACCGCCAAACCUCAGAAGGGAAUUUCGGCAGAGGAAGGAGUCUUCUUGGCAUCCUUAGUGUGUAAUGUGAGUUUCACAGGUCAGAGAAUUCUUACGUGGGAUGUCUCAGAAACAAAUGAAACCAAAACCUCGAUACCUCAUUGCCAGCAGGGAUCAGCUUCAAAUCCAGAUGCGCUGUCUGGCUGUGUGUCAUCCCCUCACCAAGAAGUGGACACCUUUGUAUUAACGGUGGUCAGAAAGGAUGGCAUACAAGGAAGCUUAAGACGAUGGAACUACUUUGCUGCAGAACAGCUUCUCGUCUAUGACAUCACCAAAUACCGCUGGUGUGAAAAUGUCGGCAGAUUUCAUAAAAGCAACAACAUCAUGAUUGUUGUGGAUUUAAAAGAAGAAGUGUGGUACCAGAAGUGCCACGAUCCCGACUGCAGGAACUUCAGGUCCUCAAGUUACCCUCUGCCACAAGAGAUCUGUGUGAGCUACAUCAUGACACUGGAUGAGGAAGACCAGGCGUAUUUAAUGGACGACGCUGGCAACAUUGAACCCAGCCAGAUCCCAAACCAGGCCCACCGGAGCACAGUGGAAGAGACUCCUGAUGUGUGGGGAGAUAAAUGGGAUGACCAGGACUACUUAAAGAGCCUCGAUGACUUCGAACAGAACAGCGGCGAGAUCUCGGACCAGCAGCUGCUCACGUGUAUGGCAGAUUUUGAUUCCCAGUAGAGACGAAGAAUAAACACGAGAUAAACUACCUUAUCAAACAUGCGGUUGAGGAGACGUGGGACGACAGGGAAAACUGUUGGCUGCAGCGUUUUCAGAUCAUCCAUCAAGAGUCUAAUGUCCCCUUGAAAGUAGCCGAUUCGAGCCCCGUGGAUGAGGAUGACACCCUGUGGAGGUAAAAGAGGCGAGGUGGUUCAUUCCAACUUGUUUAAAUUUUUUUUAAAAGUGACUUUUAGACCAAGGGGAGGCACUAAAGCACACUACACAUCCAUUGUUUGUUAUUUAAACCCCCUGAUAUAUUCACCACACAGCUCGUCAUUCCUUUAACAGCUAAAUCGAGUCAUCGAACACAUUCAAAUGUUAUUUGACACUUUACUUUGAAGAAUAUAAACACUGAUUAUUUUUGUGUUAGACUAUGCGAUGACAUUUUUUAACAACUAAAUACACCAUGCUUCUUGAAUACAUCUGUGGUUCAUCUAAACAAAAUGGCUUGAAGUAGGGAAAUGUUUCAUGAAGUAAUUACCAAAUAAGACUAAGAAUCAGACUGUGAAUUAAACUUGAAAUCUAUUACAGGCUUUUGAUACUAUCAGCACAUAAAUAUUCAAAUUGGGUUCAACAGAUAGCUGCUCGUAAGUCUGUGGAGGUUAAGUUUGAAGGAAAUUGCAGUUAAAAUGUUUCAUUAAACACUCAUGAAGUACUGGUGCUAUAAAAACCUUGAAUUUUUUUCUAACCCUUUUUCCUGCAUUGAAAGGACAGGACAGACUUUAAACAUUAAUGGUCAAAGAAAGCCAUAAGAAACACAGCACUACUUUUGUCACAACAAUUCUACUAGCAGUUCUUCUUUACUGUCUGUUAAUUAUAAACUUUUUUUUAUUCACUAAAAGAAAAGAAAAGCUUCUGUAGGUAAGUAAGUCCACAACAUACCUGCACAACCCUCUCAAACAUGUGAGCUAGGGGGAGAUAGGAUACAUGAAUGUCAUGGAGGGUCAGCAUGCAGUGUACCUGCGGAGGACACACAGAAAACAAAACACAUGCACGUAUGCAGGUCAAGCAUGGCGUACUGUACCUCCACCACCCUCUCAAACAUAUGGGCCAAAGGGAGGAAGGAGAUGAGCACAUCUUUAGUGCUGGGCUUCAGUGUGCCCUGGACAGCAUCACACAGGGAGGAUCAGAGGAGGGAGCAGGACAGAGGAACAGAGAGGCAAGGACAGGACAUAUGAAGGGGACCACCAGAGUCAGAUACGGACUUUAGAUUUCAGGCAAGAUCACUUAUAUGAUUGAAAGGAGAUGUGACUGGUUUCAGAAGAUGGGCUGGAACAACUAAAGAUGAGGAUAAAUAGAGUUUCCUGUGUUUUUUUUUUAAAUACACUUUCACAUAUUUAACCCUUAGAUGCACGAGUGAUUGGACCCGACUCUCUUCCAUAAGUGGGUCAAAAAUGACCCAUAUAAGAAUCAAUGUGUUUUUAUGCCAUUUUUGUCAUUUUGGUUAAGAAUAAUCAUUUGUAUCAUUUGUUUUUAAUUCUAUUUUGGUACACA